AUGGGCGCCGACAUUCCCUCGGAGCAGUGGGCUCAGGUCAUUGAGAAGACCGGUGGUCCCGUCCUCUACAAUAAAAUCCCCGCCCAGAAGCCCGGUCCCGAUGAGGUGCUCAUCAACAUCAAGUACUCGGGCGUCUGCCACACGGACCUGCACGCCAUGAUGGGCGACUGGCCCCUCGACACGAAGCUGCCGCUGGUCGGUGGCCACGAGGGCGCCGGCAUCGUCGUCGCGCGCGGCGAGCUCGUCAGCGAGGUCGAGAUUGGCGACCACGCCGGCGUCAAGUGGCUCAACGGAUCCUGCCUCGCGUGCCCGCACUGCCUCAACGCCGACGAGCCGCUGUGCCCCAAGGCGCUGCUCUCGGGCUACACGGUCGACGGCUCGUUCCAGCAGUACGCCAUCGCCAAGGCGGCGCACGUGGCGCGCAUCCCCAAGGAGUGCGACCUCGAGGCCGUCGCGCCCGUGCUCUGCGCCGGCAUCACCGUCUACAAGGGCCUCAAGGAGUCGGGCGCGCGCCCGGGCCAGUCGGUCGCCAUUGUCGGCGCCGGCGGCGGCCUCGGCUCGCUGGCGCUGCAGUACGCCAAGGCCAUGGGCCUCAAGUCGAUCGCCAUUGACGGCGGCGCCGAGAAGGGCAAGAUGUGCGCCGAGCUCGGCGCCGAGGCGUACGUCGACUUCACGUCGAGCAAGAACCUCGUCGACGAGGUCAAGGCCGCGACCCCCGACGGCCUCGGCCCCCACGCCGUCCUGCUCGUCGCCGUCUCCGAGAAGCCCUUCCAGCAGGCGAGCGAGUACGUCCGCAGCCGCGGCACCGUCGUCUGCAUCGGCCUGCCGGCCAACGCCUACCUCAAGGCGCCCGUCUUCGACACUGUCAUUCGCAUGAUCACCAUUCGCGGCAGCUAUGUCGGCAACCGCGCCGACACGGCCGAGGCGCUCGACUUCUUCCGCCGCGGGCUCAUCAAGGCGCCGUUCAAGACGGUCGGCAUGAGCAAGCUGCAGGAAGUCUUCCACCUGAUGCAGGAGGGCAAGAUUGCGGGUCGCUACGUCAUUGACACGAGCAAAUAA